AUGAAUACCUUAUAAUUCAAGAUAAUACCAUAAGCACUUCCUUAUGCUGAUGAAAUGUGGUAAGGCCCAGAAAUAGCUCAUAAUGAUGUUUUUGGAUAUGGAUGGCUAACUUGGGAAUGGACAAGGGACAAGCCAUUGCGUGGCCCCAUUUAUCAUAGCUUAUUUAGUUUAUUGUAUUGGGUAUUGAGUAAACUGAAUUUAGAUCAUCCCUAAAUGAUUGCUUAUGGUCCCAGAAUAUUAUAGUGUGCAAUUUCAGCUAUAUAUGAUGUAUAUUUGAUCAAGUUGCUCACAUUAGAAGGAAUAAGAAAUAAAGCAUAUGUAAUUUUGGUUAAUUACACCCUUUGGUUUUCCUUGAAUUGCUUUUCAAAAACACUUAUCAACACUUUUGAAACUAUUCUCUUUACAUUAGCUUUAUAUAAUUGGGUCUAAUAUUUAUAAACUAAUCACAAUAAAAACAACUUGUUGUGUAGAUUAUUUGUUAUUCUAAAUGUUAUGGCACGUCAAUCAGCAAUAAUUCCAUGGAUAUUCAUAUGGCCUUAUCAUUUAAUAACUGCAAAAACUAAUCUAAAGGGAAGAUUCGUGAUUUUAGUAAUAAAUGGAAUCACUCUCUUACUACUAUUUUUAUUCUCUAUUUCUAUUGAUUCAUUAUAUCAUGGCAAAUUGACAUCUACCUUUUACAAUUUUUUGGAGUUUAAUUUAUUGUCAGGAAUGAGUUCAUUUUAUGGAGUGCAUGAUAGAUUAUGGUUUAUAACUUAAGGGUUACCAUAUGUACAACUUGGUUGGGUGGUCUCAUUUCUUAUUGGAAUAUAUUCUUACGCAAAAAAAGGGUUAUUCAGUGCCUAACCAUUACGAUUACUGUAUUACAUGAUGUUCACUAUUUUAAUUUUGAGUCUAUCAGCUCAUAAAGAGGAUAGGUUCUUACUUCCCUUGUUCCCUAUCAUUAUAUACUUUAUUUGUUUAGGUCUGGAAUAUCUGGAUAAAAUUAACUGGAAAAAAAUGAAAUCGGUAUUAAUAAUUUUGGCAAUCAUCUCUAACGUUUCAUUCUUUGUUCUAAUGAAUACUUAUUAAGAUGUAGGAGCCUUAAAGACUAUGGCAGUUUUAAGGUAAAGGAAUGCUACUGAAGUUUAAUUUUUCACUCAAUGUCACAGAACUCCAUUUUACAGUUUUAUUCACCAGAAUAUUUCAAUGACAUUUCCUGACUGCUCCCCUACUAAUGAUGUUUCAUCUUUAGAAACUUAUCAAUUGCAUUAAGACUCUGCUAAUUAUAUUUAAAAGAAAUUAUAAUAAUCUAAAUUGCCUUCUCACAUUGUAAUUUAUAAUUACUUGAUGAAUGAAAAUGUUCAAAAAUUAUUAGAUUAGUAUGAUAAAAUUGAAUCAAUUUACCAUUAAUAUUAUACAGAUACCUAUUUUGAGGAUUAAAAAGACAUUUAUAUACAUAUAUAUGAAUUGCACUAAUGA